GCCGGGCCAACAUGGCCGCUUCCCGCCCCGCCGGCCGCCCGCCGCGGGGCUGAGGGACAGCCGCCCGCCCCGCCCCGCCCCGGGCCGGCCUGCCGCCCGCCAUGGAGGAGAGCUCCAGCUGCGAGAGCCUGGGCGCCGGGCGGGCGGCGGCGCGGCCGCCCAGCCGCGACUCCCUCUCCAGUGCUUCCACUUCUCACUCGGACCAUUCUGCUCACACCAAAUCUGCUUCUGCUGUAUCGUCAGACUCGGUCUCCACCUCAGCAGACAACUUCUCUCCAGAUUUAAAGGUUCUGAGGGAGACUAAUAAAUUGGCUGAAAUGGAAGAGCCACCUUUGCUACCAGGAGAAACCAUUAAAGACAUGGCUAAGGAUGUUACUUAUAUCUGCCCCUUCACUGGAGCAAUCAGAGGAACCCUCACAGUUACCAAUUACAGAUUGUAUUUUAAAAGCAUGGAACGGGAUCCUCCUUUUGUCCUAGAUGCAUCUUUAGGUGUAAUCAACAGAGUGGAGAAAAUUGGAGGUGCUUCCAGUCGUGGUGAGAAUUCAUAUGGACUGGAGAUUGUGUGCAAGGAUAUUCGAAACUUGCGAUUUGCUCACAAGCCUGAAGGGAGAACUAGACGAUCCAUAUUUGAGAACCUAAUGAAAUAUGCUUUCCCAGUUUCAAAUAAUCUGCCACUUUUUGCAUUUGAGUACAAAGAGGUUUUCCCAGAAAAUGGAUGGAAGGUGUAUGACCCCACUUGGGAGUACAGAAGACAGGGAAUUCCCAAUGAAAGCUGGAGGCUGACCAAGAUUAAUGAGCGCUAUGAGCUGUGUGACACAUACCCUGCCAUUCUAGCUGUGCCCGUAAACAUUCCUGAUGAAGAAUUAAAGAGAGUAGCAUCUUUCAGAUCGAGAGGACGCCUACCAGUAUUGUCAUGGAUUCACCCAGAGAGUCAAGCAACAAUCACUCGCUGUAGCCAGCCGAUGGUGGGAGUGAGUGGCAAACGAAGCAAGGAAGAUGAAAAAUACCUUCAGGCCAUCAUGGAUUCUAAUGCUCAGUCCCAUAAAAUCUUCAUAUUUGAUGCAAGGCCUAGUGUGAAUGCCGUGGCCAAUAAGGCUAAAGGAGGGGGCUACGAGAGUGAGGAUGCCUAUCAGAAUGCAGAGUUAGUGUUCCUGGACAUUCACAAUAUUCAUGUUAUGAGAGAAUCACUGAGAAAACUGAAAGAAAUUGUGUAUCCCAAUAUUGAGGAGACUCACUGGCUGUCUAAUUUAGAGUCAACUCACUGGCUGGAGCAUAUCAAGCUCAUUCUUGCUGGAGCCCUUCGGAUCGCUGACAAGGUGGAGUCAGGGAAGACAUCUGUGGUUGUACACUGCAGUGACGGCUGGGACCGGACAGCCCAGCUCACCUCUCUCUCUCUGCUCAUGUUAGAUGGCUACUACCGAACUAUCAGGGGCUUUGAAGUGCUAGUGGAGAAGGAGUGGCUGAGCUUCGGCCACAGAUUUCAGCUGAGAAUUGGCCAUGGAGAUAAGAAUCAUGCAGACGCGGAUCGCUCGCCUGUUUUCCUCCAGUUCAUCGACUGUGUCUGGCAAAUGACAAGACAGUUUCCUACAGCAUUUGAGUUCAAUGAGUACUUCCUGAUAACCAUCCUGGAUCAUCUGUACAGCUGUUUGUUUGGAACCUUCCUGUGCAGCAGUGAGCAGCAGAGAGUGAAGGAGAGCCUUCCAAAAAAGACCGUGUCGCUUUGGUCUUACAUCAACAGCCAACUGGAAGACUUCACUAACCCCUUUUAUGUGAGCUACUCCAACCACGUCCUGUAUCCCGUGGCCAGCAUGCGCCACCUGGAGCUGUGGGUCGGCUACUACAUCCGCUGGAACCCCAGGAUGAAACCACAGGAGCCUGUCCACAAUCGCUACAAGGAGCUUCUCGCCAAGCGGGCUGAGCUGCAGAAGAAAGUGGAGGAACUGCAGAGAGAAAUCACCAACCGUUCCACCUCAUCCUCAGAGAGAGCCGGCUCUCCCGCCCAGUGCGUCGCUCCAGUACAGACAGUUGUGUAGCAUGGACUUCUUUUGCCAAGUACCUUCCCAGGACCAUCAGGGUAGCUUUUCUGAAACUCUCUGGAUUUCCAUUGUGAUGUCUGGAAGAUGCCAACCUAUUUAUUUAUUUCUCUCCAGGGUAAUUUAUUAGUACUGUAGCACUAGAGGAAGCUUAAUCAAAAACAAACAAACAAGGCCCCCUAUGCAAUUAACCUUCUCAGUGGCUAGAUUAGUGUACAAACUAAUUGCACUUGCCACCUAAAAGAAACCCAGAACUCUUUCUUUCUUAAUUUAUGUGCUGGAAGUCACUUGGCUUUAAAGAGUCUGUGCACUAGAGUGUGCAUUAGUGCUAUGGAGGAAAAAACGUCCUUUGCUGAAAGAUCAACUCUAACUUUGUAUUGGAGCCUAGAAUACAGCUGUGAAGUCAUGAAACUCCUGGCUAUUAACAUCUGCACAGCAGUGUUAAUGAGAGCAUUUCCCAACACAGAGACAAGCAGUGAUAGAACCUGAAACAUAUCACCAUUGUUCUCACUUUUCACCUCUAUCUAGAUCCCAGGAAGCCAUGUAAAUGAUGCCUUAUUUAACGAAAAGGGCAGCUUCUACUGAUAAAACAGGGCUAGAGGAGCAACCUUACAUGACAUAACUUUAUAGGACAAAGUUUACUCCCAUCUCUGCAACUUUAGUCUUGCUUAUGGUUUACAGCAGAUGUGCCAGGAUGCAACUUCAGCACUUUUAUUUCCAAGGGGGGAAGCAGAAGAUGGCUUCCCUGGGUUUUCUGCAGCUCCUCUGUCCUCCAGUGCCUCACACUCAUCAGGGGAAAGGUAGUGGAAUUCCACGGGGCAUGUGGGAACUGCUGGGAUCAGUCAUUUCAUUUUGCUUGGGUGUGAUUAGUGAUCUUGAUGCUUCUGUGCAGGAUCAUAGUGGCGUACUUAAAGUAUUUCAGUUUUCUGUUCAAUAAUGGAAGCAACUGUCUUAUCAACCAAAGAAGCCUUUCUGCCUGCAUUGCAACUGCUACUUAAGGUUAUUCUGGUAGUCUGAACAGCUUAGCCUUUUCUGAGCCCUGUAUGUAGGUCUUUUUCCUCAUAGCAUACUUCAAGAAUUAGCAUUGCCUGACUAAAGUCCAAAUUCUAUUUUAAUACAAAAAUCUUACUGUAUCAGUGGAGGUAAAGGAACAUGCUUGGUGAAACCAUGACUGCUAUUGCUCUUAAAAACAGAUAAACAUGGGGUGGUAGAAGAGAAGGCUUACAGCAAAGGAAGUUGUGUGCAGGGGUCUUUACUCCAGGCCACUUCUCAUCUCUGUGCUAAGGGAGAGGAGCACUGCUUGGUCUGGGUUCCUGUGUUGCUCCUGUGUGAUCAGAUCCCAUACUGUGGUCACCUGCUCACUACACCCCUCAACACACAGCUUCAUUCUGCCUUUUCCAUCACAGUGAUGUAUUUGCUGAGAGGGUACAAGAGUGGACCAAUUUACACAUAAGAAACUGCCUUUCAAAAGCCACAUUCCUUCUGAGGCAGUAACAGUUUCCCCCCCUGCAAGCUCCCUUUGUGCCUGCUCUGCUGCAAUCUGUCUCUCGUACUUCCAGAAAAAAUUCACAGCAACAGGCUGUGCAGCAUCACUGCAUUUGUUACAGGGUGGCCUGAGACAUGACAGUUGAAUAGUGCAAAAGAUCCACACAAAACACCUUCUGAAGGACCAGAUGUGCUUUGAGGUUAAAGGGCAGAUGUGCUCUUACGUACAAUCACUAUGUAAGAUGGUUCAGUGCAUUAUUCUCUAUUAGCAAACUGACUGUGUGUGUUUAUUUUUUUCCUUGAUGAAGGGUGUUUGGUCUCCUUAACCCUAAUAAAAACUGAUGAAUGGGUAAA